UCUGCCUCCGAGACCGAGCAGAGGCGGGAAAUGGCGCCUGGUAACACAACGGUGUGUCAUUUCGGAGACGGCCCUUGAGCAGAUAAAUAAAGAAAAAGUGUGAUCAGAUCACGAAAAACCACCGCUGCCCCGGUGGUGAUGGUCAGGCGGCCCAGAGUCCUUGUCCCCGGAUACUGCGGACCACCGUCAACCUUACAUGUGACUGCUAAAACAAUGAGGCUGAGAAUGCGUAAGGCGUCUCAGCAACCGAACCCCAGUGUGGCAAGCCGCCCAUCCCGGACCAAGCGGAGGCAUUCAGAAGUAGAAGAAGACACGCCUACAAGUGGCGGGAGGGGCUUGUUCUCAACCAUCAAGAAGUUCAUCAGAGGAAAUGCUGUCAAGGUGGAGCAGGAAAGCCCAGCUAAGAAGACACGCCUCCACUGUGAUGUGGACAACAACCUGAUCACCUCUACGAACACCAACACACCCCGCAGGACUAUCAGCAGGGUUGGCACGAGAGGCUCCGUCAAUGGACAGGCAACCAAUCACGAUAGGAGUAAGGAGAAGCCCAAUGGCAGUCUGGAGGAGACGACGACGACGGCGGUGGUCGAGUUGCCCACCAGUCCUCCGAGAACCACCCUUCUUGGGACCAUCUUCUCCCCGGUUUUCAACUUCUUCUCACCAGCUAAAAAUGCCUCAUCUGGAUCAGACUCUCCAGACCAGGCAUUGGAGGCCGAGGAGAUAGUCAAGCAGCUGGACAUAGAGCAAGCAGUGGAGACCCCCACCAGCACAGCCACAUCCACACAGGAACUGUGCGCCCCCACUAACUUCUACUCUAGUGUAACCCAGCUGCCACCUCUGCGACCUCCGCACAUCCCAGAGUCAUCUCCCGCAGCAGAGGAGGGGGGGCUUGAUGCUGAUGCUGACCUUCCACCGCUAACAGCUCCAGGCUCCAGUCCAGAUAUGGCGUAUGUGGAGUCUCCUCCCACUGCAGUACCGCCAGAGGCAACCUAUGAGGAAGACUGGGAAGUCUUUGACCCGUAUUUCUUCAUCAAGCAUGUCCCUCCGCUGACAGAAGAGCAGCUCACUCGUAAGCCAGCCUUGCCACUGAAGACGCGCAGCACGCCUGAAUUCUCUCUGGUCCUAGACCUGGAUGAAACAUUGGUUCACUGCAGUUUAAAUGAACUGGAGGACGCAGCACUUACCUUCCCUGUGCUCUUUCAGGAUGUCAUUUACCAGGUGUAUGUUCGCCUGAGGCCGUUCUUUAGAGAGUUUCUGGAACGCAUGUCUCAAAUCUAUGAGAUUAUCCUUUUUACAGCCUCUAAAAAGGUGUACGCAGACAAACUGCUCAACAUCUUGGAUCCUAAAAAGCAGCUAGUGAGACACCGGUUGUUUCGUGAGCAUUGUGUCUGUGUCCAGGGAAACUACAUCAAGGACCUCAACAUCUUAGGCAGAGACCUGUCAAAGACCAUCAUCAUCGACAAUUCACCACAAGCCUUCGCAUAUCAGUUGUCCAAUGGGAUUCCCAUUGAGAGCUGGUUCAUGGAUAAGAAUGACAACGAGCUGCUGAAGCUAGUGCCCUUCUUGGAGAAGUUGGUCGAGAUGAACGAGGAUGUGCGGCCGCACGUUCAGGAGCGGUUCCGGCUUCACGACCUGUUGCCCCCCGACUGAACUCAACCACAGACUAGAACGGGACAACAAGACUAAAAUCAACAUGCGUGUAAAAAGCCCCCGUCUGGAUUACAAACUACAACAUUGCCAUUACUGUUAAAAUUUUAGCCUCAUCCCUCUUUUUUUCGCUCUGUUUGUUUUUAAAUGCACCAUUGCUUUUAAAAAGAAAAACUAAGAAAGAAAAACUUUUUUUGAAGAUCUGGGUGACAUUUUUGAAAUAUCUAAAUAUAUAGAUGAGAUGACGCACACUAUGAUCAAGCCCAGGUUGACUCCUCCUUUUUUUGAGUGACUCCAGCUGUGGAGCCAGAUGUUGUCUCCACACUAGAUUCUGAAGUCUUGGUGCUGGUUUGGUGGAUUUGAAAAUGCCACCUGGUAAAGAGGAAGGCCACACGACCCGAGUCCCAUGAACCCCAAUCAACCCCUGGUGCUCACAUUGUUGUUGACGCUGAUGGAUAGUGACUCUGUGGCUACAGACAAUUUCAGUAAGAAUGACUGGCCUGUAAAUCUGUGCAUGUGUGUAUGUUUACUCCAAGCCACACACACACACACACACACACACACACACACACACACACACUCACCCACGAACAAACACACACUGAUUUGAUGUAAACUUGGCAACCCUUCAAUCUGUAGCCUCUAAAAUCAUAUGCAUUCCUCAGUAGCGAAUUCAAGUUUCUAUUGUUGGUUGCAGUUAUUUUCUGGUAAAACUGGUGUUUUUGUUUUUUUUAAAAAGGAACAUUUCAGAAUGUUUUACUUCUGUUUGUAAGAUAUGAUAUUUUAAAAUGGGUCAUGUAAGUUUUAACGUAAGCCUUUUUCAUAUUAGGAGAACAUGAGUCCACUGUGAAGUCAGAUGGAAUGAAUCCAGGACUUUUAAGUGUAGUUUGUUCUCUUUCGUAGAGAUAGAGGUUUAAAUCUGGUUGUGUUGGCUUCACUGUGGAAACGACUUGGCUCCCUAUUUGAAUGUUAGGAUUAAGACUCUUGUUACCUGUAAAUCUACAUAUUGUAAAGGUCUGAGGGCAUUCAUUCAUUUUCAAAGUGAUGUGUCCGCCUUUCUUUAAUACUAGUAUUUGAUUUUGUCAUUUGUCUAUAAUCAGUAUUGUCUUUUACUCCUCCUAAUCAAGUAUUCUGGAUGAGCCAGAGCUCUGUUUCUUUUUUAGUCGUGAUGUGUAAAUGUGAUGGCUAUGUCGGUAGCGUUAUGACUAAUGUAGCACAUCUCUGCCAGUGCGUCAUGAAGUCUACCCAUGGUAGAAAUCUAUGGCCCAGACCCUGUACCAGCCAUCUCUGGCACCAGCAACAUACUGUGUUAACUGUCAGCCUCUCUGACUGCCCCCUUCUACCCGUCAUCAUACUUUUUACUUUGUACUUUUAAACAUUUUUUUUAUUUUUUUAUUUCGUUUUGUUAAGCACAGUUCAAAACAUUGUGUUAAAGAAUGGUAAUGAUAUGAAUGUGUUUCUGCCUGACUUCAGACUGGACUCAAGCCCAAACUGACAUUUUUACACCACUGUUGUUUCAACUUUAUUUAUUUGAUAGAGACAUGACAAGCGGCAGGCAGACGCGUAGCUAAUGUUGUUGCGGCGACAUCCUCACAAGCCUAAACCUGUGAGGUGAAGACAGAACGACGAACCGAUCAAAUGCGCGUCGCUCAAAAUAAAAACGACGAAAGUCGUCGUCUGUCGUAGGCCAAAACCUUCAACGGUGACAAUUUGGCUUCUAUUAUUGAACUCUUCUCAGUUCGAGUUUGGAUUUGUCUGGGUUGCCUGUACAGUGCCAUAACCCCCCGCCCUCCUUGUGGAAGUGUUGCCACCCACCCCAAAAUAUUUAGAUGGAAAGAGACAAUCAGAACUCAAAGCUCUGCAGAUUCUGAAACCUGGAGACUCCCACCCAUCCCGUUUUUUUCCCCCAGUAUGAGUUGUGUACUGUGAUUCCAUUGAGUUAAAACACCCUCCCCUCCCAUGCACAUGAGUACAUUUCCCAGGUGAAUCCUUCUGUGCCCCUUCCCAAAGCCAUGCCUGCCGCCCACUUAACACGGGGUUCUGUUCGGAGAGAUGUUUUUGUUUUUUGCCUUUUCUCACUUCGCAGCUCUCCAGGAAUUUGGAAUUGGUUUUUGUUCAAGUAAAAGUUGUUACAGGGCACAAAUGGUGUUUAUUCUGCCAUAUUGUUGUGAGUACACAUGUCCAGACUAUGAAUGUAAAUUGUACAUUGGGGUAGUGGAGGGGGGGGUCAAAGUUUUAAGCGUCUUUCUGAAUUCCAUGUCGAGUUCUCUCCCCGUCAACUGAGGAGAGAGUUGAGCUCACGUCUGCCACUCGGAUUGAUGAAGAGGAGGCAAGAACAAUGUUUGCAUGGAAGAGGAAUCAUGUCCUGAGGUCCCAUCAUGGUAGACCCCCGCCCCCCAGCCGCCCCCUCCCUGUCCACAUGGCCUCUCACCAUCCAGACUGCCAUCUUUUAGUAUGCAAGCCUCACCUGGAGAGUGUGAUGUGCUCGUCUCCUCGGUAGGCCGUGAUUGGGCGACUCUACGUCGUGGCUCGUUCCUGAAGGAUCGGCGGGAGACGUUUUAAUACUUUUAAUCCAGCUCAUUUUUAAUGUGCAUUACCAGUUUAUUGUACAAUGAGUGUAGUACAAUACAUGCAGCUUCAUGUUAAAGGAAAAAAAUCCUAAAAGUAAGGAAAAUCUUUUGUAUUUUUGUUUUCAAAAGGCAUGUCAUUUCUCCUUUUUAAAUGUAUUAAUGAAGAUUUAACUUGACAUCAGAUGGAGUGUUUUUUGUUUUUUGUUUUUUUUCCUUUUUCUUACAAAUAUCUGUAUGUUUAGUUUAGCGCUAUGUCACUGAACUGUUAAACUUAGCAUGUAGAUAAUACAGCUUGCUUUGUGGGGAAGUCCUGAAUUAAAUUUUAAUCUUGGCACUUUUUCUGCAGGAAAAAAAAAGCAAUUGCGUUAAUGAUUUUUCUUUUUCGAUAUCUGUUAAACCAUUUUACUUGCAAGAACUGCUAUUUGUGCUGAAGAUGUAUUUUUAAAAAAAUAUUUUAAGACAUCUUUGUUAGCUGUCGGGCUAUAUGCUAUUGUAAAGUGUAUAUAUACAGUUACAUUGAAUUUCUGAAACAAAGUUUUAAAGUUAAAAAACCUUGCA